AUGUCUUAUCGUUUAGUGUUCCGUUCAAAUUUGGAAGAACAGACCAUUCCCUCGCCCCGCCCCUUGACUCCGCCCCCUCCUCCAACUACUACUACAACCGAAGCCGCCACCAACACCGAUGAACCUCAUAUCUCUCUCGAUGACCUUCAACCGAUCCUGACGUCUUCAAUAGCACGUCAUCUGAAUCUGAAUCAACGAGAGCAACGUCCUUCCGGUGAUGAAGAAGACGUCGUUGUGAAGCCUUCAGAAGACAUCGUGGAGGAUCCGACGCCGUCUACACUCGGAUACAACGUGAUUCCACGUGUCUCGAAGCUUCGGGAACUGGAUAACUUGAUAAAACGGAAGAAUGAGAUUUUGGAGAGGCUGGAUGUCCGGAUAGAGACGAAUCGCAAGAUUUUGAAAAUUCAGGCGUCGAGAAUACCAUCGACGCCAGAAGUCGUCAGGGAAUCAGAAUCCGUGGAGAAAAAAUCAAAACCCAAAGAAACCGAGAUUUCUACUUCUGAAUCCUCCUCCACAGAAUCCUCCUCUACAGAUUUUGAAUCUGCAGAGGAUUCUGAAUCCACCACGUCAUCAUCAUCGGAGCAGUCCUCUUCCUCUGCUAGCUCCACAACCACUGUAAAAGCGGCGCCGGCGCGCCAGCCUCCGAUUCCAGCUGAAGAACCAAAAAGUGAUGGGGAGAGCACCAUCGAGGACCCGUUCUCUGCUCGACAGGAGGCUCAACAAGCUCAACAGGAAGACCCACCCACAUCCCCGACUACAGUAUACCUGGACAACUUGAGAAAGAAGAUUUUGGAUCAGUACCAACAGAAGUAUAAUUAG